UUACAAUUGCAUGGCCUCUUAGGCUAAUCUGAUAAGCAGUAUUUUUUUACCGAUGUUCGCUAGGCGAAUGGUAACGCACAUGUAUGUACAUUGUUUAUAUAUAUAACUGGUUUAUACGCAAUACUACAGAGCUAGCUACAUUUUGUUGACUAUGUAUCAAGUCUCAAAGGGAACUAAAGGUUCGGGCCUCUUCUGUUUAGUCCUCUGAGGAUCCUGAGGUCUAGGGAUUGAGUACUUCAGGAACAGUUGCCUUUCGGAUUGUGAGAGGAACUGGGGCUCUCUGAGCCCCAGAUUCCAUUAUUUCCAAGGGGUAAGGAGUGAGUCUGCCAAUUGUCUGUCUCUGGUGUGAAUGCUACUUUUUCCAGAGAUCUUGACCAAGCUGGUUACUGCAUUAAACUUGAGGGCCCCAAAUCAGAAAUAAAGAUGAGGGUUAGAGCAGUUGGAGAAGAGGAGGAAACUGCCUGUUGUGUGCUAGACACUGCUUUUAACAUGUGCUAGGGGAGGCCUGGCGUGCUGCAAUUCAUGGGGUCGCAAAGAGUCGGACACGACUGAGCGAUUCAACUGAACUGAGUCACUGCUUUUUCUCGUCUGCAAAAUGGAAUCACAUAUUUAAGAACUGUCGAGUAAAAAAGUGAAGUGAUGAGCUUGUUUUUAUGCUUUUGUCCGCUGGAUUCCAAAAAACCUUUGGUCCUAUUUCCACUGUCUCACGACUAGGAGAAAAUCUUGGAGAAAGAAAAUCUUAGUGCUUGCACCUAGAAAUGGCAACCCACUCCAGUGUUCUUGCCUGGAGAAUCCCAGGGACGGGGGAGUCUGGUGGGCUACCGUCUAUGGGGUCGCACAGAGUCGGACACGCGACUUAGCAUCGCCUAGUCAAGUGGAGGAAAACUGGGACCUGAGGCGCCCCCUGGUGGUCUUUGUUAUUCUUUGCGCAGUCAACCCUCUGAAGCUCCUUUAAUACCUAAAAUCCCACCCCUUUCGCGGCGCGUGAAUCUCGAAUCCCGAUUGGCCGGGUGCGAACCCGCGGCGGGACGCAGGGGCCCGAGCCGGGGCAGUGCUGAUUGGCUAGAGGAGGCCGGCCGGGGAAAACUUCCGGGAAUGUUCUUACUCCUGCGUUCCAUUGGUCCGCAUCCGGCGGCCUGGGGACCUUUGGCUCCCCCUGCGGGCGACUCGGCGGCGUGCACAGUCCAGCGGGCUGGCUGGGUGGGUGGUAGGCUGUGGGCUGGGGGAGAGGAUGGACUGAGUCCCGGAUUGUCCAGAUGAGGGUUCGGGAAGGUGUGGCGAGUGAGAUUCCAUUCCUUGGCUCAGCAUCAGUGGGGUGCUGAGGCUUGGGCAGCAUGACGACGGAGACCUUCGUGAAGGAUAUCAAGCCCGGGCUCAAGAAUCUGAACCUCAUCUUCAUUGUGCUGGAGACAGGCCGAGUGACCAAGACAAAGGACGGGCACGAGGUUCGGACCUGCAAAGUGGCGGACAAAACUGGCAGCAUCAAUAUCUCUGUCUGGGAUGACGUGGGCAACCUGAUCCAGCCUGGGGAUAUUAUCCGGCUCACCAAAGGGUAUGCGUCAGUGUUCAAAGGUUGUCUGACAUUGUACACUGGCCGUGGGGGUGAUCUUCAGAAGAUUGGAGAAUUCUGUAUGGUUUAUUCUGAGGUUCCUAACUUCAGUGAGCCAAACCCCGAAUACAGCACCCAGCAGGCACCCAGCAAGACGGUGCAGAACGACAGUGGCCCUGCGGCUCCCCAGCCUCCCACUGGACCCCCUGCUACUUCUCCAGCCUCUGAGAGCCAGAACGGGAAUGGACUGAGCGCCCCACCAGGUCCUGGUGGUGGCCCGCACCCGCCUCACACUCCCUCCCACCCCCCCAGCACCCGAAUUACCCGAAGCCAGCCCAACCACACAGCUGCCGGCCCCCCCGGCCCCUCCAGCAACCCUGUCAGUAACGGCAAAGAAACCCGGAGGAGCAGCAAGAGAUAGCGAUACUUUCCUCCUUCCCGCCACCAGCCAUAAGCCAGGCGUCUGCUAGAGAACACAGCUUUCUCCUGGGCUGCCGUGUCUAGGGGGCCAGGGGGUAGACGUAUUUUAGCCACUAAACUUCACUGGAGGGUGGGUGAGCAGCGGCUUUUCUCCACCCUCAGCCCAUUCUCCCCUCCUUGUCCAGCUGAAGCUGCCUGUCUCCUGGGGUUCGGGGCCCUCUGCCUCCCCUCCUUCCUGCUUAGAAACGACGGUUAGUCUGUUUCUUGAGUGUGUGAUGUGGAAGUCUAAUUGAAUCUCCUAAUAAAUGUUACCACUCUG